ACCGUGAUGACGCAGAGCGCACCGCGCACCUCGGCUGAUGUCACACCGACCGGAGCACAGCUGACAAACUCCCAAAGUUUGGCAAUAACAAAACCAAAGCUGCACUUUGCAGACAUCAGUAUGGAUUUAUUUGACUCCAGGACAUGCCAUUAAAGACAAAAUAGGUGAAACAAAUAGAUUCCUCUUCGGAAUACGGAAUCCUCUGACUGGUUUUGCUCUUGAACAGGAGAUGUCUAGCUAAAUGAGACGCGCUUGUGUAGUGAUGCUGCCUAGUGUCGGCUAGCCCAUUUAGCAUGCUAGCAAGCUAACUGGAAGUGCAUGGCAAGCGAAACAGCGCUAGCCCGAUAACUGGUGACCGACGGACUGCAUUACCACAUUCUUGUAGGUAAUCGUUAGCCACUAACUGGCGACUACGCUACUAGGUUUUCCUAAGACGCAGAGGGCCCAUGUGAUGACCGAGGGGGGCUGAGGGCGGGGCUGGAGCAGCCACCCAGCAGCAUGGAGGGGCCGGCCGUCCUACCGCCACUCCAGAACGAGGAUCCGCGUCGGGAGCGGAAGCGGCGCGGUGGGAAGGCGCAGCGCCUCGGCCGCGGCACGGCCGCAGAGCGGCAGGAGGGGAAGGGGAGGCGGCGGGGGGGGACGCCCCCGGAGGACAGGAAGGCUUCCCCGCCGACAGAGCUGGAGGGGGGGGAGGUGGCGCCCGACUCCUGGGACAUGGACUCCCACGACAGGGAGGAGCAGGGGGAGAAGGGGAGCCGUGGUACUUCUAGCACGGACAGCCCUGCCCCCUCCAGCAGCUGCACAGAUCUGUCCCAGACGUCUCCCCCGUCCCUCAGUGACCAGCUGCAGCUCGGGAGGGAGGAGGGAGCGGGGGCGGGGAUCAACGUGGAGUGUCGUAUCUGCGGGGACAAGGCCUCGGGGUUCCAUUACGGCGUGCACGCCUGCGAGGGCUGCAAGGGGUUCUUCAGGAGAACCAUCCGUAUGAAGCUGGAGUAUGAGCGCUGUGAGCGCAGCUGUAAGAUCCAGAAGAAGAGCAGGAACAAGUGUCAGUACUGUCGCUUCCAGAAGUGUCUGCUGCUGGGCAUGUCCCAUGACGCUAUCCGGUACGGGCGCAUGCCGGAGGCGGAGAAGCGGAAGCUGGUGGCGGGGCUGCUGGCCGGGGAGGAGGGCGGAGGGAACAGCCCCGCGGGCUCCGACCUCAAGACCGUGGCCAAGAGGGUCAACGACGCCUACCUGAAGAACCUGAACAUGACCAAGAAGAAGGCCCGGGGCAUCCUGACGGGGAAGACCAGCUCCAACCCUGUUCAGUUUGUACAGAAUCCCUUUGUGAUCCAUGACAUGGACACGCUGUGGCAGGCGGAGAACGGGCUGGUGUGGAACCAGCUGGUCAACGGCACUCCACCCAACAGGGAGAUCGGCGUGCACGUGUUCUAUCGCUGCCAGUGCACCACGGUGGAGACGGUCCGUGAGCUCACCGAGUUCGCCAAGAACAUCCCCGGCUUUGUCGACCUCUUCCUCAACGACCAGGUGACGCUCCUCAAGUACGGCGUCCAUGAGGCCAUCUUCGCCAUGCUGCCCUCGCUCAUGAACAAGGACGGCCUCCUUGUGGCCAACGGGAAGGGCUUCGUCACCCGCGAGUUCCUGCGGAGCCUGCGGAGGCCCUUCAGCGAGAUCAUGGAGCCCAAAUUUGAGUUUGCCGUCAAGUUCAACGCCCUGGAGCUGGACGACAGCGACCUGGCCCUCUUCGUGGCCGCCAUCAUCCUGUGUGGAGACCGACCAGGCCUGAUGAACGUGAAGCAGGUGGAGGACAUGCAGGACAGCAUCCUGCAGGCCCUGGACCAGCACCUGCAGGCCAACCACACCGACUCCACCUACCUCUUCCCCAAGCUGCUGCAGAAGAUGGCCGACCUCCGGCAGCUGGUCACUGAGAACGCCCAGCUUGUCCAGAAGAUCAAGAAAACCGAGUCGGAGACGUCGCUGCAUCCUCUCCUCCAGGAGAUCUACAAAGACAUGUACUGACUCGUACCAGAAGGAGAUCUACAAAGCCAUGUAUCGACUCGUACCAGAAGGAACCAGGCUGGACUUGGCCAGGAGCCUGUUCAAUCCUGUCGGAAUUGAACUGAAGGCUGUUUCUGACCUUGACUGGACAGGACUGGGCUGUGGUGUGACGUUCUGACCUGUACUAUGUCAGGUACUGUGUCUUUUUCUGAUUGGGAAUCAGAGAGAGAGAAAUGGUGCAAAACUGCUAUGAAACCUAAAAGGCGGAGGAAGGUAUUAGCGCGCAAGCUUACUUGCUGUCAAUACACGUGUCCGUGUUUGGGUCAGUGUGCAAGUCCAUAGCACAUUCAGUGAAAAGUAACGCUUUGGAAUUCACUUCACAAAUAUUGUGAAUCCUAACUGGCCUAUCAGAGACCAUGUCAGAGCUUUAACCACGUGGGGAAUAAACCCAACAGAUGUUUUAAGUCUAAGUGCCCUGAGGAGAAACAGUGCACAAUGUGCCGUGCUUGUACACGGCAGACUGCAUGGGAUAGGGUGGGUGUUGUGAAUCCAUAAGUUGUUUCAUAACCAAGCAUAGGUACACGUGUGUACCAUGCUUUCCUCUGUUAAUGGAUGGAAAAAAGACCGUGCGAGCUGUAGCCUUACAAGUAGUAUUCCAGGUGAAUACCUUCACGGCACACCCAAAAACUACAUCAACCAGACUGACUGUCUUCUAUUUUUGACAUGGAUAAAUCAACAUCACUAUUUUUAUAAAACAGAUUUUGUAGUCUCUCUCUCUUUACCCUCACAAUGUGUGAGUUUUGUAUAAUGGAUCAUUCUUUACCCUCAGUUGAAGGGUUAACUUUAGCUAUCAGCCUUUGUUACCAGCUGUUGAUGGGUCAGAAGGAAGUUGAUUGAGGUGAUGUUACAAAGUUGCAAGAACCAGUCAAAGCAUUUCUGGUACUUUGUUGAACUUAAGUCUUUUUCAGUGCUAACGGGAAGCAAACAUCAUGGGUUAACAAUGUCCCAGUUCACCAAUCACCACAAGGAUGCAUCUCCACCCUGUACCCGCGUCAGUGUCCUCGCAAGCUGCUCCCUUUGUGUGCACUCGACCGCAUGCCCCAUGACCUCACCACACUUAUCAGCCAAUGAAAGAGAAGGAAACUAAAUCAAUCCUAAAGGAUGACUUGCAUCAUCCAAGAAGCCAAGUGUGCACCCUACAUUUCCAGGGUGGCAAAAACAAGACUGGAUGGAGUUUUAAGACCACUUAAAAUGACUUUUGAUAUGGUAUAUUCCAUCCCCCUCUACAUUACUGAGUUUGGAUCUCUUCCUGUCUGACAGGAAGCACCAGUGCGACAUCACAUCCCAGUAUUUAUCAAUGGACAUGUUUAUAGAUUCUUACAACUUCCUCACCUCAAACCUCUUAUAAUGUUUUUUGUUUCUCUUUGUAUACAACUGUUGGGUCUAAAACAUGGGAAAACGACUUCUAAUAAUACUGUGAAAGAUAUAUAUAUAUAUAUACCUGAUCACAGGGUUUUGUGUAUGAUGUUUCAUUGCUUGAUUUCACUUUAAUUCUGUUGAUUGAAGAAGUUUUAUUAAUAUCUUAGUUUUCUGCAAACAUUUUUCUGUCAGGUUUAUAAACCACAGAUGUUGGGCCCAUGUGAACUACCACUUUUUCCUCUGCAGUCUCUGUUUAACAUUCAUCAUUUGGCUUUAGUGUGAGGGUUUUGAAAAAUACCUUUAAAGGAUUCAAAAGAAGAAGGCAACGUUUUUUACCCCACGACAACCUUCUGCAACUUUAAUUAGUAAUCAGUUUCCUCUGAGCAUUAGAGGACUCAGAAAGACCAAUGGUUGAAAAAGCAGUGCUUAUGAAUGACAUGCCUUAAAUCUGUGGUGUUAGUCAAACAGUCGGAAUUUGGGGAUCUGGGAAAUUCUAAGAAACAGGGACAAUGAGUGAUAUGUAAGUCAAAGAAACGGUAAUUCUCAGUAUUUAGGUCAAACUAUUGCAGUGUAUCUCUGCAAUACAGCACUUCCUUGGCAAACAAAAAUAUCAAUUUUAUGCAAAUCAAUGUGUCUUUCUAUUUGAACCAUUUUAAAUCAACUAAAACAUUUGUAUUUUAGCUCAAAAUAGACUUGUAUUACUACCUGCCUAUUAAAAUGGCAUGAGAAAGUGCCAAAUAUUUACCUUAAUUAAUACCCUGCUAUACCUCUGAAAAGCACUUCAAAGACCACUUUCUUAUAAUAACUAAUUGUCUAUAUUUAGGCGCAACUUACUAGUUGCAUCAAAAUGUCUAAUAUUUUGUUUUUAACAUUUAUUCUAUCAGUUAUGGAUUGGAUCUUCAACAUAACUGAUAUUUCAGAUGAAAAUUAUCUGUAUCAAUCAUUAUAAAGUGAAGUGGCUUAUUUCUUUCUCAAUCAAUUUAAGAUAUAUUUUGUUCUCCAUUCUUUUCAAGUCCUGAAUAUUUCUUUUGCUUCUCAAAUCAUUUUACAGUGGCUGCACAUACUGAAUUCCAAUAAAGCUAGCAGCACUGCAACUUAAUUUGAGAAGAAAUCUAUUGAGUUAAAAUUGUUACAUAUAGUCACUAAACAGUCUACAGUUGCCAUGUAAUGGCAGCAAAGUGUACACAAUGUCAGUACAUUGCACAAAAACUAUCAACGGUUGUUAAGUAUUUUACCUACAGCAGAAAAACAGUUACCUUGUUUGGUAUGGAUGGAAUUUCUACUUUUUCCCCCAAAUUGUCAAUAAAGUACUUUGGGUUGUUUUGAUGUGCCUCCUCCUUUAAACUUUGUUCGUCUUUAUUUCAGUGAUUAAAGAUUCACAAAUGGACAUGAACAUUA